AUGGCAAGACCGUUAGAACGUGUUGCUGACAUCAACGACUGUAAGGAGUUAUGGAAGGUUGCGGGAUGUGAUGUCCAUGUUGUUGUUCCGCCUGCACACAAGGCUGCAUAUUACGAGAAAUUUGCUCUGAAUUCGACCUACACCGUGUCCAACUUUAAAGUACAGCCAAAUAACUUGCUCUUCAAACCAUCCACACACAAGUAUCUGUUCGUUGUUAUCCUUUUUGCAGAUGUUAUUGGUAUGGUCGAGUCUAUCGGAUAUGCUCAGACACAGACUGGAGGCAAAAAACUGCAAGUCAAUUUGGUCCUUAGGGAUGAGAGCAACAACACGAUUAAUUGCACCCUAUGGGAGUCCUAUGCUGCUCAAUUCUUUAAUUUUAACAAAGAGCGGGGUGACGCAUCUAAUCCAACAAUCCUGGUUCUUCAAUACGCAAAAGUUAAAGAAGAGGGACAAUAUCCACUGUCGGUUACCAACACCUUUCACGUGACGCGGCUCUGUAUCAAUGAGGAUUUGCCGGCAAUGAAAAACUUCUUAGACAAGUUCCCUAAGGAUGCUUUGGUUACCGUUUCCAGCCAAUUAAGCUCUCAGUAUCAGCGUUACUCACAGAAUUCUAAUUCUGAUACCGGACGAUAA